AUGUAUCUGAACGGCGCCUUGACAAAGCCUACUGCCUUCCUGCAAGCCGAUCUCUUCGAAAUUUUCCUCGCGUUAACGGCGAGAAAGAUAGAUUCUGGCCUGGAGAAUGUCCACCCUGCAGCAGUCUCACUCCUAGCAGAACUCAAAGUAAUGCUUGGCUACCAUAAAGCCAGGAAUCCAAAAGCUUUGCGCGCAAAUCAGUAG